CCAACUCGGCCAUGCUGACCAGGUUUUCCAACAUUCUUAGGAUUCAUUCCUUAUACUUGCAAAAGAGAGCCAUUGCAGAAUCCCACAAUCAAACAGUCCUGUCGAUUCCUGUAAACCUAGAGUCGGUGAUGUUUGAUGUGGUACAUCAGAAACAUAAAACUGGUCCUUUUACAAUGAAGGAAGUGUUGCGACAUUUCAACUUGCCUGUCACAAUCUCAUCAACGGACAAUCUGACCUAUAAAGAAAUGAACAAUCCCAAGUCAAAGGAUCACGAAUUGCGACAGCUCAGCGUGAAGCAGAUAUACGAACAGAAAUUCUUGUUGGGUCAUAACAUCAUUAACAAUGGAAAACUAUCAGUUCGAUACCCAACUGUGAUCCCAAUGUAUAUGAAAGAAAUUAAGGUGGUUGUAGCAGAAGGACUUAAAGGUAAAAGUGAGACAGAAUGGAAUAUUAUGUGCAAUCAUUACAACAAGAUUGUCAAGGACCUUGGGAACUUGGAUCAUUUCAUUUGCUCAGAUAUUACUUUGCUGGACACAGACGAGCUGGAUCUGUACGUGGGAAAAUACUCUGAAAUAGAGCCAAUAUAUGUCGAUAUCUGCAGAAAGAAGUCAGAAAACAAGUAUGAGAUAAUACAUCCUCAGCAGAGCCUAUCAGAGGCCCCAAAGUACUAUUCGAUUCAAAGUCACGGAGAAAAUAAGCCACAGAUAUCCCCAGAACGAAACACUGAAAUCAACUAUUCUCAGCUAAGUGCAACAGCCACACUAAGAGGCAACAUUAGAUCACUGUUCAAGUUCUCACGCGGAUCAAGUUCCAUGCAAACACCUGAAACAAAAUAUAUUGCCUAUAUGAGUGAGGUUCCAGAUGACAUACAACAUUUGAAUGUGGAUGAGGUCUGUGAUUGUUUUAAUUUAUUAAACAUGGGGGAGUACACUGAGACCUUUCAGUCACAGCAAGUUGAUGGCCAAUUGCUUUCUGAUCUGGAUAGAGACAUGAUGCUCAACACAUUUGGAAUGAGUCAUUUCCAUGUCACAAAAUUAAUACGUUUCCGUGAAGGAUGGAGACCAAAGUAACUGAGAAUAGUCUCCUCUUUCAGAAACAUUGCGAUGAAGCAUAUUCUGAAGUGCUCAUAAUCAGAAAACUUACAAUACAGAUAGUUCUCCUCUAAUGGCCUAGUUGCGUUCCAGUGAAAUCUCUACUUAAUAGAAAAUCACUUAAUAGAAAAAAUAGGGCCUAUGGGAAAAGUGGAGUUAGGGGCAGACCAACAAAGAAUAUCAUUCACGAUCGCUCAAAAAUCGCCCAAAAGCCUAAUGCAAAGUAUAGCACAGCCUGAAUGAAGGUUUAAAUCAUAUUUGUUAACAAAAGUAAAUUUAAUCAAGUACUUUGAAAAAAUAUUCUUAAUGCAGGGACAGAGGGUCAUCAUCACUACUACCUUCAGGUUAGUUGUGGUUGCAGAAAUAGACGUCUGCGGUUGAUUGUCUUCUGCUCUUUCUUGGGGGUUGAUUUAAAAAGGACAUCCAGUUUUUGCUGCUUUGACCCUUUUUUUCCUUUCUUGAAGAAACUGUUCAUAGGGUGCCAGAUGAUAUCUUAUUAAAUGAACUGUUAAUCCUGCUGCAUUCUGUGCUGUAAUCAUUGUCCGCUAAGAGCUGCAACUGCCCCUCAAUUUCCCUCAGGUUAGAAGACAAAAGAGAUGUGGAAAGCUGUCAUGGUGCUGUAUCCUGGACUUCAUCUUUUUCAUCUCCAGCUUCCACUUCCCCCUCAGCGACAAGCUGUUGUAGAUCAGCUGUACAGAGUUCUUCACAGUGGGAUUCAAGUGGCUGUUCAAUAUCCUCACUUUCCACUUCUUCAAAGCCAACCUGCUUUUCAAGGUUAACACAAUGCUCUUUGAUUUUUGGGAGCUCCCCUGACAGUUCACAUCCUUUAAAAUCUUGAAAAGAAUUCCUGGAGGAGCUGCCGCCAAACUGCAUGCAGGCAGUCUUUACUGAUGUCAUUCCUGAUGAAGAGCUUUUGCCCGAAAUGUCGAUUCUCGUGUUCCUUGGAUGCUGCCUGACCUGCUGUGCUUUUGUAGCACUACACUCUCGAUGCUGAGCUCCAGCAUCUGCAGUCCUCACUUUCUCCUAGUUGUUGUCACCCCAGCCCUCCACAAUAAUAUCAAUAGCAUCCUUGAUGUUAAAGCUCUUAAAAAAUUGAAGAACACUGUCCUUAUUAUCCCCGUCAGUAGCUGCAAUCAGCCUCUUGAAUAUGCGUCUUAAAUAAUAUGCUUUAAAAGCUGAUAUUGCACCCUGGUGUAUGGGUCGAAUGAGAGAGGUUAUGUUUGGAGGUAGAAGUAGCACUUUGAAGUUUUCAAAUGGUGUAUAAGAAUAAUGCAGUCCUGUAGGAAUUAUACAUGGUUUUAGAAGGAGAGCAAUGAACAUUCUUAAGUUUCAUUUUUACGAUGAAGAUGCUCAAUGUAUUGUACUGUACCUCUCACAUGCUCUGAUGGCAGCUGACACCAGUGCAUGUGCAGAACGGCAUGCAGACUUUGGUGCUGACAUCGCAAAACAAUCACUGCUGAAAUCAUGCUAUUGCAAACAGAGGUAAGCAUUCUCAAAAAUACACUUCCUCAAUUCUUCAGCGACAUUUUAGCCAAAUCAAACUGCCAAAACACACUUUAUACAAGAAACAUCUGUAUCAGCAUUGUACAACUUUACACUAAGCAUAUCUUUGGUGGAGAAACAAGUAAAUAUUUGUAAAGUGAAAGAAUCUGUAAAAUUAGUGUAAUAAUUUUGAAAAUGCCAUUAACAUCUGUAUUUGAGCUCAAAGGUUAAUUUGAAAUGUCAAUAAAAGAAAGAAUUGACU